CAGAAAGUUUGCGUGCACACAACCCAGAGGCGCACGUUAGCCUUUCUUGUCUUCCCCCAAAACCUAUUUCAAUCCAACUGCAACGUCGAUUUCCCCCCUUCCCAACCUUUUUUGUGCUUUCCAAAUCCAAAUCUCCCGCAAAGAAUCCGAAAUUUCUACCAUUUCAUCAAUCGGUUGCUGGAUUCGGGCGGUAAAAGGAGUAAAAUAUGUAUUUCAAUUAUGGAUAUCAUGGAAUAUCCUUUGAGCAAACAUAUCGGUGCUACCCUGCAUCUUUUAUUGACAAGCCCCAUAUAGAAAAUGGUGACAAAAUUAUAAUGCCUCCUUCUGCACUUGAUCGCCUCGCUUCCCUCCACAUUGAUUAUCCAAUGUUGUUCGAGCUACGCAAUGCUUCUACCGAUAGAUUGUCACAUUGUGGUGUUCUAGAAUUCAUCGCAGAAGAAGGCUUGAUAUACAUGCCUUAUUGGAUGAUGGAAAAUCUGCUUUUACAAGAGGGGGACGUUGUGAGAGUAAAGAACGUGACCCUUCCGAAGGGUACAUAUGUUAAGUUGCAACCACACACAACAGACUUUUUGAAUAUUUCCAAUCCAAAAGCAAUCUUAGAGACAACACUGAGGAACUUUUCUUGUUUGACCACAGGAGAUAGCAUUAUGGUGGCUUAUAACAACAAGAAAUACUACAUAGAUAUCAUUGAAUCGAAGCCUUCCAGUGCGAUAAGCAUCAUUGAAACUGAUUGUGAGGUAGACUUUGCUCCUCCUCUUGAUUAUAAGGAACCAGAGAGGCCUGUAUCGUCUAUUCCUUCAAGCAAGGCAGCCACGGAAGACAAAGCAGCUCCAGUUGAGGAACCGAAAUUUAACCCAUUUACAGGAUCGGGAAGAAGGCUGGAUGGUAAACCUUUGAAGUACCAGCCACCGCCUGUUUCAUCUCCUUCUGGAUCCAAAGGAAAGCAACCUGCUGUUUCUGGCAGCAGCGGGCAGCAGCCAUCUACUGGUUCUAGUUCACAAAGUAAAUCUCGCCAAUCUCAGGGAAAACUUGUGUUCGGUUCUAAUGCCAACAACCAGCGUGCAGCCCCUCAAAAGCAAAAGGAAGUUGGUAAAGAGACGAAACCAGAGGCACCCUCGAAGGAAGAACCAAAGUUCCAACCCUUCACAGGUAAGAAAUACUCGCUCAGGGGAUAAUUGUUUAUCGACUUUCCUCAAACGUUUGAUGGCUUUAACUUGUAAUGAAAAUUAGUUUUAAAUUAAAGUAAAUGAUUAGUC